AUGGGGUAUGAAAAGCAGCAGCAAGACAGGCCUGAAAAAUGGGGAUUUGGUGAGAAUGAGGAAGCUGGCACUGUUGUAGGACAGUUUACAGUGACUGCCUUACAGGAACAAGUUUUGGUUUCAUUGGGAGAAGAAGUUGAGCUCAGUUGCCAGCUUUCCCCACCACAAAGUGCAGAACACAUGGAGAUACGCUGGUUCCGGGACCGCUACACACAACCUGUUCACUUAUACAAGGAUGGUAAAGACAUAUAUGGAGAAACAGUUUCCAACUAUGUGGAACGAACAGAGCUCUUGAAAGAAGACAUUGGAAGGGGUAAAGUGACCCUCAGGAUCCUUGGUGUCAGAGUUGAUGAUGAUGGGCCAUACCACUGCUUAUUCCAAGAUAGUGAAUUCUAUGAUGAAGCCAUCACAGAAUUGAAGGUCACAGCGACAAGUGUAGAGACACGAAUUCUUGUGCAUCCAUCUACUAUCAAAGGUAUUUUAUUAGAGUGUAAUUCAGAAGGUUGGUUCCCACGGCCUCAAAUGGAAUGGAGAGAUGACAGAGGACAAAUCAUUUCAGCUACAUCAGAAUCGUAUUCAAGGGAUACAGACAAAUUAUUCAACAUGAAGAUGACCCUUCUUAUUAGAUCCUAUAGAAAUGUCACUUGCUACCUUCGAAACUCUGUGACUGGUCAAGAGGAGAUCACACGCAUUAUCCUACAAGAUGCACUGUUUUCAUGGUCUGAUAUUUGGAUAUUCAUGCUGGGUUUAAUUGUGGCUCUUCUGCUGGUCUUCAUAAAGACAUGUCGUAUAAAAGGAUGUUGCACAUGGAAAGUUCCUGCUUCAGAACCAUAUACACAAUUGGAUAUUAUGUGGCUGGAAGAUGUAACAGUGGUCCUGUAUAUUCUGAUAGUCUUCAUUACCAUGGUCAUUUCCUUCAUUUACUUUAAAAUCAGAGGUUUCAGCUCCUCUUCCAUAAGAGGCUACCAGAAGAUGCACACAAAUACUAAGGAAGACUUAAAAACAAAUAUGUAG